AUAACUUCCGCGUUACCCCAGCAAUACAUUCAGAUCGAAAUUCAUGGUGAUUAUAGAUAUAACAUUCAUAUCGAAAAUACGAACAUCAAAAGUAGUCAAUUUUACAAAAAGGAUGAUCGAAACGAUAUUUUAACGUCUAACGAUAUGGACGACAUAGUUAUCCAUCAUAAUAGUAGUAUACAGACUGUGUACUCUAUAUAUAAAUCCCAGGGAUACAUCGAUCUCGUUAACGAUAUAAGGGAUAUAAAGAUAUACAGUCUAGCUUGGGGAUCCUCCAUAGAGCCCAGAGAACCGAACAAAUUUAAGAAGCUCAACCACAAUUCAAGCUACAUUAUUAAAAUCAGUAAAUGGAAUAGAGCUAGUACUAUAGGAGCAGUACCUAUCACAAUUAAGGAGCAAUCUUGA